UAGAGGCUCGUGCAUGUUCACGCGCUCUGCUCUACGGACAGACAGGUGGACAGACAGGCGGCGUUCUUCACUGAAAUCAUCCCCAGCAGUGUGUCAGUCAGAGGCGGCCGGCCGGUGGGUGGAGGCUGCGGCACGGCGCGGAGGAACGACCCGCCAGCACCAAUCGAUGUCAGCGGAGCCAUCUGACGGCCGAGACCUUGACGGGUUGGGAGAGCAGGCUGCAGGCGCACAGACGAGACUCGCAGACGACGGCAUGGCGACCAUAGCCGAGUACUACGCCGGCAAGAGCGUGCUGAUCACUGGAGCCACGGGCUUCAUGGGCAAGGUGCUGGUGGAGAAGCUGCUGAGGUCUUGCCCUGAGGUGAAAACCCUCUACAUCCUGGUCAGACCCAAAGCCGGGCAGUCCAUGCAGCAGAGGGUCAACGGCAUGAUGAAAUGCAAGCUUUUCGACCGUGUAAGAGAGGACAACCCUGAUUUCCAUCAGAAGAUCAUCCCGAUCAGCAGCGAGCUGACUCAACCCGGCCUCGCCAUCAGCUCGGAGGACGUGGAGAAGCUCACUGCCUGCAUCAACAUCGUCUUCCACUGCGCUGCCACCAUCCGCUUCGACGAGCCGCUCAAACACGCCCUACAGCUGAACGUGAUCGCCACGCAGCAGCUCCUCAGCCUGGCCCAGCAGAUGCACCACCUCGAGGCCUUCAUUCACAUCUCCACCGCCUAUGCAAACUGCAACCGCAAGCACAUAGACGAGGUCAUCUACCCGCCGCCUGUCGAGCCCAAGAAGCUCAUCGAGUUUUUGGAGUGGAUGGAUGACGGCAUCGUGCGGGACAUCACGCCGCGGCUCAUCGGCGACCGACCCAACACGUACACCUACACCAAAGCCCUGGCUGAGUACGUGGUGCAGCAGGAGCAGGACAAGCUCAACAUUGGCAUCAUCAGACCCUCCAUCGUGGGAGCCAGCUGGCAGGAACCGUUCCCCGGCUGGAUCGACAACUUCAACGGGCCGAGCGGAGUCUUUAUUGCUGCAGGGAAGGGCAUCCUGCGCACCAUGAGGGCCAGCAACGAUGCAGUGGCUGAUCUGAUCCCUGUGGACGUGGUCAUCAAUCUGACGCUGGCGGCUGGCUGGUACACGGCGGUGCACAGACCUAAAACAGCCCUGGUGUAUAACUGCACGACAGGCGGCAUCAACCCGUUCCACUGGGGAGAGAUCGAGCACCAUGUGAUAUCGUCCUUCAAGAGGAACCCCCUGGAGCAGGCCUUCCGCAGGCCCAACGCCAACAUAACGUCCAAUUACUUGAUCAACCAGUACUGGAUCCUGGUCAGCCACAAGUUCCCAGCCUUCAUCUACGACCUCUUCCUCCGCCUAUCUGGACAGAAGCCGCAGAUGAUGCGCAUCUUCAAUCGCCUGCACAAGGCCAUCAGCCUGCUGGAGUACUUCAGCAGCCAGGACUGGGAGUGGAACUCUGAGAACAUGAGCAUGCUGAUGAGCCAGCUGACUCCAGAGGACAGGAAGAUGUUUAACUUCGAUGUGCGCCAGCUAAACUGGCCCGAAUACAUUGAGAAUUACUGCAUCGGCACCAAGAAGUACGUCCUGAACGAAGACAUGUCCGACAUUCCUGCUGCCAGGCAGCAUCUGAGGAAGCUGAGGAACAUCCGCUACACCUUCAACACACUGUUAGUCGUUUUCAUCUGGCGGGUGUUCAUCGCUCGCUCACAGAUGGCCAGAAACAUCUGGUACUUCGUGGUCAGCCUCUGUUUCAAGUUCCUCUCCUACUUCCGCGCAUCCAGCACCUUAACCAACUGAGUCUUCCUCUCAGCCUCAAGCCAGAGUGACGUUAGCCCUCGCCUUUAGCGUCUGAGACUCAGAAACUCUCCGUGUGGACAAACAGGGCUCUCUAUAAGAGGGGGCUGCAGCUGAGUGAGGCACCCAGGAGAAGAAAUGAAGAGGUCUACUAGCCAUGAAAUUGUUCUGGUUUGGAAAUCUGUCACCUACACUUCGUCAGUCGGCAAACCCAUCCAAGGAAGUGGCGUCGUUCAUCUUGUACCCACUGUUUUUCUUCAAAGUGGCCAAUUAUAUAUGCAACAAUACGCCUUUUAGUGUGACCUCCUUUCUUUUCCACCUCACUGAAUCUCAUUACAUUGCCUUGCCUAUUUGUCUCUCUCUCUCUCCCAUACUUGAAAUGUGUCAUUGAACAAUUUCUAUACUUUUUUGGAAACAGCAAGAAGCUUCACUUCUACAUGAUGGUGAUUUAGAUCUGUCUUUCAAUAUGUGCUUCUACUGCCUUUUUAAGACGACCCUCGCUGAUUCUCACUCUCAAGGCCAAUUCGUAAAUUAUUCUUACGAGUGUUGAAACUAAAAUUUGGCCACACAAGACGAAACCACAGACAUCUGCCACCUUUUCCAUUGUGGUUGUCACUAAUUUAUGAUCUCAUUAAUAAUGUCGUUACGUCUUUGAAUAUAAACCUUUGUCUGGUCGCUCAUCUACUUUAUGCCUGUUUGUACAGCAGUUUGUACUGAACUAAGUUUACUACUUUUACAUCUUUAUACUUGCGUCAAAGGCUAGUCUGUUAAGUGUUAGACCUUGGCAGUGUAGUAUCUAUAAAUAAAAGUACAUAAAAGUCAGAUUUAUUUAUAUAACUUCAUACAUACUGUACUAUAUUCUUUAAAAAGUUCCUAAAACUUGAGUUGAGUUCUAUCCAGGGGUGAAAUAGGUGGGAGAACUUGCAGUAGUUAUAAAUGCCAAAUAACAGAUUAAGAUGCAUUAAAUGCUAAUGAAGUGAGCCAAACUUGGAAAGUAAAUAAAUGGAAUGGGGUGGCUUUUCUUGUCCAAAACCAUUGAUUUAUAUCGUUUUAAUGUUCAUAGUUGAGGACCAAGCUUGGAACAAGUAGUUGAGGUCAAGUCAUGUUUGUAACCAUUGGCUACAUUUAAGUCAAGUUUUUCUAGAGUCAAGAAUAGUUACAAGUUUAAAAGACCAAUUUCUAUUUCAGAAUCUUAAAAAUAAAUGGGAACUUGGCAGCUAAGAAAAACUGAACAAACAGGAAAUGCCUUUGUUCAUCAAAAUGUAAAAAAAAAA